UAAGAAAUACAUGGCUAGGAUAUAAUAUAUAUUACAGCAGCAGCUUGACGAAAAUACCCUUGAACCAAUUUACCCCACGCGCAUUGAAUAGGAAACGUAGCAGACCUAUGAUGUUCUAGAGAAAACAAAAAGACAAAAGGAGAGAAAAAAAACGGGAGUGAAAGAGGUAAAUUUUUAGGGUUUAAAUUCAGCGACAGAAAUAAAAGCAGAGGGUUGCAUAAUCAACAAUGGCCUUUUGUAAACUGUAACUCGACCACUGAGGUGCUGGUGAAGUGGGUACGUGUUGGAGAACGACGGACGCAACCAUACAGGGCAGCGGUGACUGAACGGGCGCGACACAAACAAGUACUGGACACAGCUGCAUCGUGAAAUCACCGACUAAGAAGGAUGGAAGAGAUAGGCUUACCGGAGAGACUAUUUGAGACGGGGUUCGAACCAACGGGUCGGAAGCGUAUCAACAACUACUUCAACCUAAGAUGGAUCCAAGUUAUCAAAGACAGCCUCACAUACGCGCAGAAUGAGAUGCUGGUGGAGACCCAAUUUCGGCAACUUCUACAGAUGGGCCAUCAUACAUUUUCUGUCAUGUUUGGUCACCAAAUAUUGUCCCGUCAGUUGGUAACGGCUAAAGAGUAUGAGCUGUGGUGGCUACUUGCGGGGAAGCCAAUUCGAUAUGGAAUAGGGGAGUUUGCGUUAGUUACUGGCCUUAACUGUAACUGCCCACCGCCCAACUCACUUACAACAGGCCGUGUGGCCCACCCUAAAAAGAAGGGCAAAGGAAAGGGGAAACUUGUCCCUUGUGAUGGACCGGUGUGGAAAUCUUUGUUCGGCAGUGAUGAUAAGAUAACUCCAUCUGAUAUCAUAAAACGGCUGGCAAUGCGGGAGAAGUACAAAGACGACGAAACUAGAUUGAGGUUAGCACUUUUGCUGUUGGUUGAAGGGAUUUUAUGCCCUACCAGUGGGUCAACAAACAUUAGUGCAGAGGUGGUUGAGAUGUUGGCCGAUCUGGAUGGGUUUCUAAAAUAUCCAUGGGGUCGAGAAUCCUUUAUUUUAACGAUCAGAAGUGUUAAGGGACGGUCACCUGCGCAGUAUGCAAGCGACACAAUAGCAAUACAAGGGUUUGCACAUGCCAUUGUGUUGGUAACAGUUUGCUGCUGCCCACAGAUUAUCUGUGAAUCCCCUGCUGAUAGGGUAUUGCUUGAGGAAGAUGUCCAGAUUGAAGACAUCGUUGAAGAAGUGUGUUCUCGGAGUUUGAAAAUAAAUGUUGUGACGAGUAGGAACUUGGAAGUUGAAGGCCAGGCAACUGUGACGUCUAUUCUAUGUCCUAAUCAUAGUAUAGAUGGGUUUAGAGAUGAAGUUACUGAUGUCACGGUAACCCACAUGGUUGCACUCAUCAACAACAAAUUUCCUUUUGAGCACAACAGUUGGUCAGGGGGUGUGAAGGCAGUAGACGCAAAGAGAUUGCAGGAAGUAGGAGACGACGUUGGUUUAGUUGAUGAAAACGCGCGUGGAAGCAACUUUCAACCAGACAGUUUCUCCCCAUACCACACAGCCGUCCCUGAGUCGCAUGUUGGUCACUCUGGUUCUACUGGUGCCCCAUCAGAAGAUGUUGAGUUUUAUCUGGCGUGA